AUGCCGGAGGGCGGACCUGAAGGAAGCGUAACGAGUCGCGCGAGCAGCAUUCGUCAGCAGCUGCGGAAGUUGCUCCACGAGCGAGGCAAUGGGAGCUUGUUGCGUGCGUGGAGGAGCGAAUUGGACCCCGACUUCUCCCAGAACGUGAGCCUCGAGGAGCUCCAAAGAUGUGCAGUGAAUCUGGGACUUCUGGGGGGCGAGGCGGAGGCCAAAACCUUCUUUGAGUCGGCCUCCAGCGGUGGUGUGUUGACCUUGUUGGACGUGGAUAAGAAGGCUGCUGUCUUGGCCACUCGCUUCAAGCGCUGGGCCUCGACGGUGCAACCCGGGCCCAGGCAGCUCUUCUUCCAGUCCGGCGACUCGGUGGACCGCUCCAAGGUGGUCCCCCUAGCGGACUUUGCCCACAUCUGCCGGAAGCAUGGCUUUGAGGCCUCCGAUGUCGAGAUGGCCGAGGUCUUCGGCUUUUGCGACGUCACGGAGUCCAUGGGUGGUCUCAGAUCGCAUGAUCUACUCUUCCUGGAACCUGAUCUGCAGGUGCGAGAGCAGGAGGAGCAGCGCCUGAAGAUCCUGCGGAUGGGGCAACGGGAGCAAAAGCAAGAGCUCAUGGCGGAAGUCUUCCAACAGGACCGAGACCGAGGCGUGUCAGAUCGACAUCGUUUAGCUCCCAGGCCUUGGCAAGCGAGGAACUUUGAGCAACUGCCCAAGAUCGUGUGCGAAAAGAAGCAAGACUGGCAGCUGCAGGAGGAGCGCCGUACCGAACAGGCUCGGUCCGAGUUCCUCCUCUACCUCCGCCGGAGCUACGGCAACGAGAUCCGGGCCUGGCGACGGGCUUUAGACCCCAACGCCACGUUCCGUUUGACGCUGACGCAACUCCGGAAGUUCUUCCACUUCGAGGCCGGUUUGCGGGAUCGUGUUGACCAAGCUGCGCUCUGGCGGUCCUUGGACAAGGACGGUCUCGGGGAAAUCGGCAUGGAGGAAAUCGCGCCCCAGCACUGCAGCGUCCUGGCGACCUUUCGGCAGUUUAUGCACGAACGCGUGGGCACUUGCUCCGCAGUGUGGGACCAUGCCAUCGCCCUCGAUGCCUGUGUGGGGCAGCGGGAAGGGCUUUGGAAGUCCACACGCAAGCUGCUCCUACAACCCUUCUUGCGGGUGCUCAGGGAGCUCGGCUGGCCGACCAACCAUGCGGAAGCCAGGUCCGCCUUGCUGGCCUCCUUGGACUUCUUCGGUUGUGGCUUCGUGUCCCGCAGCGACCUGGAGUGGUUGGACAGCUGGGAGCCGCCCAAGUGGAUCUAUUCCGAGCCCGACCUCGAGGCCUUAGAAGAGCUUCAAGCCUUGGUCAGCAAGAAGUGCACAGACCGGUACUCUCAUCCAUUGUUGGCGUGGCGUUCUCUCUUCGACAGGGAUGACUCCAAUAGUGUCUCCUGGCUCGAGUUCUGCGGGGCUUGCGAGAAGCUACGCUUCAAAGGCAACGUGGGUGGCGCCUGGCGAGCACUGGACACUGACCUCUCCGGACGCAUCUCCCUGCUGGAGUUCGACGAGGACUCCGCGUUGAUCCUGAUGUCCUUCAAGGCCUGGUGCAUGAAGCACUUCGGCUCGGUGGAGUUGAUGUUCAGGCACUUGGAUCGCGAUGAGUCGGGCACCUUGUCCUUCCCGGAGAUCCGCCGCGCCUGUCGGAGGACAGGUCGCAAAGUAGGGCUGACCUUGACGCACGCUGAUAUGUCUGCCAUCUUCUCAUUGAUGGAGGUGUCCUUCACGCCAGCUUCGAGCUGCGCCUGGAUUGAAGCCCGGCUCCACUUGACUUGCUCCGGAUUCGCACUGGUGGGGUGCGAGUUGGCAUGCUGCCAACGGUAUGGCGCCUUGAUGGUCUUCGUCAUGUCGGGACAAGAUCGGCGGAAAUCCAAAAGCCAGCAAGAGGCAUCCACACUGUCACAAGCAGCGCGACUGAGUACGAGGCCCAUUGAGCGUCCAUGA